AUGAAGAUGUUUGACCAAACCCAUUGUGGAGUCCAGCGCCUGAUGACGGAUACGACAUUUACUGCAAAGAGGAUCACCCGAAUGGGAACUUGGAACAUACGUACACUCCACCAAAGCAGUCGGUUAAAUCAGUUACUUAAGGAAUUUGAGCAACAUCGAUUUGAUUUGCUUGGUAUCAGUGAAGUACGUUGGACAGGCAGUGGUGAAAUGACAAGUGAUGGAAAGAAGAUCUUGUAUUACUGUAAUGACAAAAAACACAUCCGUGGGGUUGGACUGGUUCUCGGGAAACAAGCAAUACGUGCCCUGGUUGGGUGGAAACCAGUUUGCGAUCGGAUCAUCACGGCCCGUUUUGCAUCUGCCCAUGUACGGACAACAGUCAUUCAGGUUUACGCACCAACCGAGGAAACAAAUGACAUUGAAAAGGAGGAGUUCUAUGAUGUGCUACAGGCCGUGAUUGACGAAAUACCGAGACAUGAUCUCAAAAUCGUUAUUGGAGACAUGAAUGCCCAGUUCAGCAGCGACCGCCAGGGUUUCAAAGACAUCAUUGGCCCUUUCACAUCAUCGAAACGCCUGUCAGAUAAUGGUGAACGGUUGUUGUCGUAUUGCACACUUGUGCCCAAGAAGAAAAAGGCCAAAAAGAAGCAGGAUCAAGCUCAAGAGGUUGAGGAUAAGGAAACGGCAUCACGUGCAUAUGCUGACCUUGACCGGGCUGUGAAACAGACCUGUAGGCGAGAUAAGAAAGAUUGGUUGGAGAAGAAAUGCAAAGAAGCCCAGAUGGCCGCAGAUCGAAAUGAUACCCGCACCCUGUACCGAAUCAUUAAAGACCUAUCAGGAGCCUGGAGGAGUUCCUCUGUUCCAAUCAAAGACAAGAAUGUACAAGGAAAAGUGUCUUCCACAGUUCUCCUAAGACGAUUGCAGGCAGCCGUUGACAAACGUCUCCGAGAAGAACAGGCUGGCUUCCGGAAAGGAUGA